GUCUCUUUUAGAUCUAAAGGGCGGGGGGUUUUGUUUAAAUCUCUUUUUUAGGGAAGGGGGAGCGAGAAUGAGACAGAAAGCUAAGGAAACGUAGAAAAUAGAGCGAGAUAUUAAAUAAUAAUAUGCUUUAAAAAAAGAAUAGUUGCGACUUUGAAGGGGAAAGUGUAAAUUUUUUAUGUGAUAGGUAGAAGGAAUUUAUAAGAAAAUUUAUGGGACAAAAAAGAUAUGAAAAACAUGUGCAGAUUAAAGUAAUAGGAAACUAUCAGAGUAUAACUAUACAGAUCUUCUUAUUAUUACUGCAGUCUAGUUAGUAGUGAAGGGUUUAACUUCGCUCGCAACUGCAUAAGAUCAUAUGAGCGCGCGAAACACAAGAUAGUUUUGUACACAACAGUUUACUGUACGGCCGGCUCGGGUCAACUGCAGUCUAUGCCCUAUAGAAGCUUUAAAAAAAGUUAGAACUCAGCGGGUGGAUCUUAUUCGUUAUCUUUUGAUACCACAAACGAUAUUUAUUAAAGAGUUUAAAAAAUGUAGGCUAUUUAUCUUUUGAACAAAUUUCACUGGGCAUGGAUAUUUCAACUCUGAUUUUUUUAACCCACUAGAUCUAGAUCUAUGUGCACAGCACGCACGACUCAGCGAUUUCCUUUUUCACGCCGCUUCACUGUGCACUACGAUAAAGCACUAUUCUAGCGCUCUGAAUGAAUAAAAUUUCUGACAGGAAACUUCCGUUUCCGUUUUGCUCGCGAUCAGGAACACAUUUUUUUGCAGUUCAAAUUGUGAAAAGAUCAAACUUCUGUGGAGGCAAUAAGGGUCUUUCUCGGUCGUCCUCCCGGACUAAAGACGAAAUAAAACCUGCUCCAGGAAAGAUUUCACCCGUCACCGGCCCAGACUGUCAUGGCGUAUGAGAUCCAGAUUAGCCUCUUCCUGGGCCUUGUAGGUAUUGCUGUCUACUCGUGUGCCCGGCUGUGCCACAUAGCUAAAUCCAGGCACCGGUUCCAUUUGGUAGGAAAGGUAUCCGCCAUCUACUGCUACCCCGUGGUGUCAGGCCGGGGGAACCCUGUGGAGGUGGCGCGCUGUGGCAAGGACGGGCUGGGCAGCAUGGGGCUCACCAACGGCCAGUUCGUUAUCGUCAAGAAAACAGGACGCGAAUUUUCUCCAACCAGCCCUAAGCAUACAAUAAAGCAAUAUUUCGUAGAGGAAAUACGAGGACUGGUAACAGUCUCUGAUGGCCAUGAUGCUGUUAUUUCAGGACCAGGAGAGGCAGGCACGAGUGUUCCCAUCAAGUUGUAUGAUAAGGACGUCUUGAUACAGGACAAAGCGAAAAGGAAGGUCGUGCAACAGAUUCACUGCGGUGAGAAUAUUUGCGCAGGUUACGACAUGGGGGAAGAAAUCAGUCGUAGUUUGAAUUUCACGCUCAGAACUAGAGGCCUGCGACUGUACAAUACUGUGUGGAAUGUGCUUUGUAGAACAGAAGGCCGGAGUCAGUACGGGAACUACGUGAUAGCCACGGAGGAGAGUGUCACAGCCAUCAAUAAAACGCUGAAUGUGGUGCCUCCUCUUCGUCCUUCUUACUUUCGCCCCAACUUAGUGUUGAAAGGCUGUGUGCCCUUGGAGGAGGGGCAAUGGGAGGAGCUUCAUAUCGGGGACACAGUUCAAUUCAAGGCCUCCAGUUCUGACGUCAGGAUUAUAGGCGACCACGCAGACACGGCCCUCCUUCCUUGCCGAGUGCCAGGCGAGCAGCUCAUUGACGUGCCUGGCUUGAAUUGCUUCAACGGACUAUGCCCCUCCCUGAUCGCUGGUCUUAACGCCAAGGUGCAGAAAGAGGGCCGCAUCAGAGUGGGCGAUUCUGUCUUUGUUCGUUACAAGCCGUGAUAAUAAAAAUUUAAAAAAUAAUGAUACUAAUAAUA